AAAUAUCCCACAGUGCCGAGAUAAGACAGCCAGUCAGUGAGCAGUUCUUGGGUAUAUAAACCCCCAUAGUUUACCAGACAUCACCAAGUAUCAGCAAUGGCCUCACUCUGGAUCCUCGCCUGCUUUGCCUUUGUUGGUGCAGCCUACGGCUGUGGCGUUCCUGCCAUCUCCCCUGUUAUCACUGGCUACUCCAGGAUUGUGAAUGGUGAGGAGGCACGUCCUCACUCCUGGCCCUGGCAGGUGUCUCUGCAGGACUUCACUGGCUUCCACUUCUGUGGUGGUUCACUGAUCAGUGAGAACUGGGUUGUGACUGCUGCCCACUGCGAUGUGAGGACCUCUCACCGCGUCAUCCUGGGAGAGCACGAUCGUUCUUCCAACGCUGAGGCGAUUCAGACCAUGACUGUUGGCAAGGUCUUUAAGCACCCCAACUACAACAGCUUCACCAUCAACAAUGACAUUACCCUGAUCAAGCUGGCCUCUCCUGCUCAGCUCAACACACAUGUGUCUCCUGUGUGCCUCCCUGAAACCAGUGACAACUUCCCUGGAGGCAUGACUUGUGUGACCUCAGGAUGGGGCCUCACCAGGUACAACGCCCCUGAUACCCCCGCCCUGCUCCAGCAGGCUGCUCUGCCUCUUCUGACCAACGAUGACUGCAAACGUUAUUGGGGAAACAACAUCACUGAUCUGAUGAUCUGUGCUGGUGCCGCUGGUGCCUCAUCUUGCAUGGGUGAUUCUGGCGGUCCUCUGGUCUGUGAGAAGAAUGGAGUCUGGACUCUGGUUGGCAUAGUUUCAUGGGGAAGCAGCACCUGCUCCACUUCCAGCCCUGGCGUGUACUCCCGUGUCACCAAGCUCCGUGGCUGGAUUGACCAAACCGUUGCUGCAAACUAACCGCAAUUUCUACUGUCUUAAAGUUUCGUAAUUUUUAUCAUCAAUAAAGAUGUAUGAAAUCA